CACACACACACAAUCACACAUGAGCCCAUUUGAAUUGCAAGUGAGCUCCGUUCACUACCGGAGGAGGAGGAGGAUGUAAACAGAGGGAACAAGAGAAGAAGAACAGAAGGAAAGGGGGAAAAGAAUAACAGAAGAAGAAGAAAGGGAACCGGAUGACAUUCAGACAGUCUUCAACGGGACAAGCCUCCACGUGUGUGUGAGAGAGUACCCAGAGGGGAGAGAAGGAGCUCAGAGGUGCUGGGACAGCCCUGAAGGGACACCUGAGCACCUGAAAGAAACACCUCUUGAAGUAUCAGGGAGUGAGCAGCAGCAGCAGCACCCCAUGGGAGACGGAGUCAGAGGAACAACAACCUGCUGUCGCUCCUCCUCCUCCUCUUCCUCUUCUAUCCUCUCUCCCUCUCUCACUUGAUCCCAUCCCUCACUCCCUGCGCAGGAGUGGGAGAGCGUGCACAGAGAGAAGAGGGGCAUAUCCGAGACGUGGUAACUGAGGAGGAAAACAGAUCAAACCAGAGAUGGCGCUCACGUCCCUGUCCUGGUGUUUCGGUGCAGCUCUGGUGCUGUUUUGGCCCCAGACACAUUCAGCCCUGGCCCCUGAGAAUGAAGUUCCGCUUCGACCAACAACAUGGUUACCAGAAGGAAAGAUGACAGCGAUCACUCUGCCUAAGGGGCGGACUCGUAGGCUCUACUUUACACUCAAGAAGAAGACUCCAGGGAUGAUGGUGACCGUCAGCCCGUGUGAUGUCCCCAUUGAGUGGAGCCUUGCUGCUCGCACGCUGAAGGACAAACCACUGAAGAGCCUGCAGUGGAGCACCAAAAAGAGUGUGCCUGAGGUUUGGUGGCGAGGUCCUGGGACAGAAGAAAAACUACACAGCUUCACAGGCAACACAGUGGACACCUACAGGGGUCCUUCCUACCCGCAAACCUCUGUCUACAUUCUGAGGCUUCGCUCCAAACAGAAGACCAGCAGGGCUACAGUGUUCCUCCACGAAGGCCUGGGACCUUCAGGCGCCUUCCCACUGCUCCCAGCUGACCCUCGAGUUCACACCCUGGGUGUCGGCAUGACCAGCGUCACCCUCAGCUGGGCGCCCAGUGCUUCCAUCACCAGCCUCCCACCCACACAGAAAAGUUAUGAAUACUGUGUCCUCGCUAACUCACAGCAAAACUAUCCCAAUGUUUGUGCUGCACGCCAGAGUGUGAGGAAAGAGAAGGAUCAGAAGGAGGAGAAGAAGGAGAGAAGGAGGAGGGUGACAGCAUGGCCCAUUUUGAAGGAGUGGUGGUGGCAGCAGUGGGACUCGGAGUCCCAGAGUGCACCUCCAUCCUCCCUCACCGAGGAGUUCACUGAUCUGCAGUGUGCAUGUCAGGGGACAGAGAAUGUCUGCACCGUCUCCGAGCUCCUUCCAGAAACACAGUAUUACUUCAGCGUCUUUGUGAUCGACAGGCUGAACGGGACGAGCAUGGCCUACAAGGGGACAUUUGCUCGUACGCACGAGGAGGCUCGACCGGCGAUCACCAACCUCAGAGACGGUGAACUGAGGUGGGUGACCUUUCAAGAUAGAGGCUCCCGCUCAGAGCAGUUCUUCAGUUUCAGACCUCGAGGUUUACAGCAGAGUGGCCUCCUCACCCUGCAGAGCUGCGGCAAAGGGGAAAAAGUGAAAGUCACUGUGUCAAGUAAAGGUCAAGUUUUAAGCACAAAAGCUGUAAAAGGAGAUCUGGAGCACAUCUGGCUACAGGGAAGUCCUUCAUAUCUCAUCCACUUGGAGAGAGAAGGAACUACAACAGAUCCAGCUCUACCUGGAGGUCUGACUGCUUCAGUUAAACUGCAGACUUCCUCGGCUUAUCACCGCAGAGGGGUCCCAUCUCUACCCUCCACUCUGCAGAUCAAAUCCUUUAACCGGUUACGGGGUUGCAACAGUGUCACUCUGGCAUGGAUGGGCACAGAGGAAAGAAGCUUGUACUGCGUGUACCGUAGAAAGCUAGGAAACAGCGAUGCAGAGACUGGGGCUCUAACUGCACCCUGUCUGGGGCCAGAGUCCCGCUCUGACACCGAGAGAGUUCUCUGCAAGUAUUUCCAGGAGCUGAAUCCUCGGCGGGCCGUCACCACAGCUGUGAUCGGGGGCCUGGAGCCAGGGAUGGCCUACGUGUUUGAUGUCUAUCUAAUGAGACGCUGGGGGAUCCCUAUUAAAUACGCCAGCAAGAUGGUGAAGACCAGAAAGGAGUGCUGAGCUGCUGCCCCCUACAGGAGGUUUUUAGACUGUCCCUGUGGAAAGGGGAAAAAAUGUCGGCUAUGGACAUGCUGUAAAGACUGACCAUGAGAAUGAAGCCGUUUGACUGUUGUGGGAGACCGUGACCAUAACAAGGAAAUAUUCCCUCUAGAGGAGCAAUGGUUGUAGCCAAACUCCACCUGCACCGGUGGAUGGAAAGCAUUUGAGAAGGAUCUGCACACCAGCAAAAGUUCAUAACAUUUACAGUAAAAUUCUCAUGCUUUUGUCAUUUUGUUUUCCAUUGUUGAUCAUGGUAAUGAUGUGCCAGUUGUCCAAGUGCUUAUUCUGUGUCUGAGUACAAAGGAUGGACAAGCUUUUUGAUGACAGAAAGUCCACACAAAAAACAACGACAGAGACUGUGCCAAAUAUGCAACAGAAACAGAUGGGGCAAUAAUUGGAUAACAUCUGAGACAGGAGGGGGUUUGCAGUGUAUAUCUCCAGUGCUGCACAUUGUACAGGCUUAUAAACACAGAUGGGUGAAAUCUACAGAAGCUUAGUUCAAAGUCGGUGUGUAUCUUUGUGUUCUGCUUUCGCAUGAAGCAGUGAAAAAUACUUAGUGAGUCGCCUCAUUGUCUUUGAUGUAUUCUUGUGCUGCUUCAAACGCAUCAAUAAA